AUGGAUUAUCCAUUUAAUUCCAUAGAGUGUUAUUUAUCGGUUGAAAUAGUGGGUUCUUGUGAUGGUUUUCUCUGCCUAUUGUUCAGAUUGGGUCAUGAUGCGAGAAGGACUAUCUUAUGUCUUUGGAAUCCAGCUACCAAAGAGUAUAAACAAAUACCCAAAUCACCAUAUGAUGAUGAUAAUGAUAAGAGUGUAACUAAAAUCAGCAUGGUUGCAUUUAGGUAUGAUGCUAAGAGUGACGAUUACAAGUUAUUGACUCGUUAUCGUAAGAUAGUCCAAGUCUAUUCGUUGCGACUAAAUUCGUGGAGAACAAUAGGAGAUGUGAACUUUUAUACUACUCUAAAACUUGGGGUGUUUGUUAAUGGAGAGCUUCAUUGGUUGGCUAAAGUGCUGCGAGGCUCUUCAGAAAUUGUAGUCUCUUUAGAUAUAAGUGAGGAGACGUUCAAAGAAAUACAACUACCCACAGAACCUUUGGUGAAUAAGCACAAGUUUACAACACUAGGGGUGUAG